AUGGAGGAGAUCACCUUCAAAUUUGCGGACCGCGCUGAAGUGCCUGGCUGGCUUGGCAUCGACGUGCAAUCUGAGGUGGUAGAUCGGAUCUUGGAAGUGAAGCCUGACCGAAUCCUGCUGGUCACGGAAGCUACUGUGGAAGAGCUGCACGGAGAUUAUUUCACCCCCAUGAUGGAGACUGGGGGCUCUGGUGGCAGUGGCGAUACCUCAUUGGGCGGCAGCUUGCCACCGCUGAACAAGUUCGUGCUCCCCGGUGGAGACGAAGCCAAAUCCUGGGACUACCUGUCUCAACUCAUUGAGUCGGCUGGCGAUCUUCCGGAUUUCCGGGAGGGUAGCUACAAUAACCGUCAAUAA